UGCUCCAGGAGGAGGCGAAAGCGGCGGAAGGAACAUGGCCAUUGAACCAAUUGAACGUCACGUGCACUUGAGGAUGCCUGGAAUAAGGUUGUCUUUUCUCUCCAAUACAAAUGUUACUCACGCAUGCGCCGUGCACGCGGUGCGCGGAUUGUUGAAAAUGGCAGCGUUCGCGGUAAACGACGGUGGUUUGACAGGACGCAUAAAGUGGACUGACGAAGCCACCCUUUACAUGCUCAACCUUAUUCGAGACCUAAACGCGGUGGAAAUGUUAGCCUCUAAGCGUCAACGGAACAAACGCACCUUCAUGACUAUCCAAGACCGCAUGUUCCGUUUGGGCCACGACUGGUCCUGGCAGCAGAUACGAUGCCACUGGAAGAACCUCAAAUCAAGGUAUAAUCAUGAACGUCGUUUCGCACAGAAGGGGCAGCAAUCCUACUGGAAACAUUACGAUCUGAUGAACGCCUUGUUGAAGCAGCGUAGCUCCAGUGGUGGUCGGACUUCCCAAGAGCUCACGGACUCUUCAUGCGCGGACAGUCACACAGAGAAUCGAGAGGGUUAUGAUCUAAGGCAGCAGCUCAGACCAAAUGGACGAGGCACAGAUGAAUAUAUCGUGCCAACGUCUGGAGAUGCCAGCCCAUCGCAACAGAGCUUCACCGGGUUCUCAAUCGAGUCUGCCGUCCCGACGAACACUGCACUAACGGACCUAUCCCCCGCCACCCCCAACAUCAAGGAAGAAACCUUGGACGAGGACGUGCGGUACGCGGAAGCCAACGGCGACAACGCGAAAACUGCCUUAACACCGAGCGUGACCGACGGCACAAGCUCUGUUACAGAAUCUCAACAGCCUGACAACGUCAGCCGAGAGUCGUCACUGAAUUCCCCAAACCCAUCGCCUCCCGUCGAAAGAACACUUGCCGAAUUAGACGUUUCACCGCCGCAGAUGACGAGACAGCUCGGAGAGAUCAUGCAAAGCUCCCCACGCUUCGACCCCAGACCCUUUUACAGAAACCGCAAGAGGAUCACGUGCUCCUGGGCUGUGUCCAGUGCUGCCGAACGAAAGGCCAAGCUGGAGCUGGACAUCCUGGUCAGCACCAAACGGAAACUGGAAGCCGAGACGCUGAAAGCCAAGGCCGAAGAACGCCGGGCGACCGCGGAGACGCUGCUGCUGGCCGAGACGCUGAAGAAGUGCAGCGAGGAGAAGAACAAGGCAGUGGCCGAAGCCAUGUUCCUGGUCCAGGAGAGGAAACGGUCGGAAGAGGAGACGAGAAAAGCGGCGGCCAUCGCAGACUUCCACGUGGAGGAGAGACGGAAGGCAGCGGCCAAGGUGGAUUUGCUCCUGGAGCACAGGAACUACUAUGCGGACCAACGAAAGACCGAGGCCGUGAAGAGACGGGUGCUGCUGCUGGAGGUGCAGAAGAUGAAGCGAGAGCUGAAGCUGAUUUAGUGGACGUGUGUGUGUGAGGCGCAAGUGCAACUGGUUUGCUUGCGUUGUGAAAUUGGCUGCACUGGAAGGGCACAGUGUAGAGGUGUGAAAAGUUACUUUGAAACAAGACAAGUUGGCAGCUUGUUGUCACUAAGCGAGGUUUGCCAUUUUAUGGGCGGAAAAAGUUUGACUCUGCAAGUGUACAUUCCCGCUCAGUUGUGGCCAUCAUCAAGUGCCUUUUUCUUUCAUUCUUUCCAUAGCAGCUCACUGCAUUAUUGCUUGUCCUGUUUCAUGCAGUGAUCUUGCUGAGUAUAAAAGGAUGAUCAUCUCGUUCCA